AGAAAAACAAACUUAUAUUUAGAUACCAAAUAUAAAUAAUCAAAACAUGCGAAUUUUUGUUGUUUUAUUCAUUUACGUUUAUAAAAUUCAUGCUUAAAUAAUAAGUUGAGAUGUCUACUAUAAUUAAAUUUGAAUUGAAGGAGCUCCGAGAGUUAGCAAAUGACAAAAAAUCUUGUGUUAUUGAAAAAAAGGUUAUCCAAAAUUUAGCGUUACAGCCAUGGUGUCUUGGUAACUUAAAGGACUCCAUUAAAAACUUGUUAGAUUAUAAAAUAGGCAAAUUUGACAAAGAAUUCAAUGGAAUUCUCAUAAGCUACAAAAAUCUACGAAUACUACAAAACAUAGGUGCGAUCCGUAAUGACAAUGCUGAUAUACAUUUUCAAGUUCAAGCAGACUACUUCCUGUUUCGUCCUUAUGUGGGAGCAACUUUAAAGGGAGUUGUUAAUAAAAAGAGUGCAACACAUCUUGCAAUUCUGGUACAUAGGGUUUUUAAUGUAGUUAUUCCGCGACCAACCGAGGAACCUGGCAAUUAUUGGAGUGGAUCUAACAUUGAGGAGGGACAAGAAGUAGUGUUCCAGAUUGUUGUUUUGGAUCUAUAUGGAGCUUUACCUUAUAUCAGGGGAAAGCUAGACGAGCAGUGGCUAAAAGUACUACAAGAUGGUGAUGACGAAAUAGAAAUUAAAAGAACAAAACCGCUGAACAUAUCUUAUGUUGAUUUUGACAAGACGAAACCAAAGUAUGCAAAUGAAAAAUCACUAAACUCGUCGGAAACUAAUACAGCCGAAAACAGCCACAGUAAUGACAAAACUGAAAAUAAUGUUAAGCAAGAUAACAACAUAACAGAAAAAAUUAAAAAUAAAAGAAGAAGCAAGAUAAAUGACCUCGAAGAACAAUAUUCAGAGGACUCUGCCAAUAAACCCAAGAAACGCAAAAAAGAUAAACAAGAAUAACCAUGCUAACUUACUAGAUGUAUCUAUAUAAGUUUACGACUAUUUUCCUAAGAAUAAUGUAUAUUAUAUUAUUUGCAAUAUUAAAGGACCUUUUUAAAUAUUG